UCAAAACUAGUAAAAAAAUAAUAACAAAAGGCAUAUUUAUCUACAUUUGAAAAAAUAAAUAUAGCAAAAAUGAUUUCACUUUCUUUGAUAAUGCAAUGUAAAUGCAUUACAAGAAGAGAAAGACUUCACUUCUACCACAGCUUGUUUGGAAGAGUUCUGAUUUCUUUUUUCAACCAUUUGUCCCCGCAGGUUCCCUGUAAGCUGGUGCUGUCUGAGCCCAGUUGUGAUCAAACAGAGUUCUUACACCCUAAUGGCACUUGUGUUGCAUGUCCUGUAUGUAAGCCUGGAGAACAGCUGUCAGAGGACUGUGGCUUUGGAGAUGGUGGAGAAGGAGUCUGUAUUCAAUGUGAAGAAGGAACGUUCAGCACAGGUACAGGUGAGGCUUCCUGCAGAAGGUGCACCAAAUGCAACCUGCUGAACCGCCUGAUGGAUUCAGCAUGCUCACCCACCAGUGACACUCUGUGUGGUCAGUGUCUUCCAGGGUUUUAUGAACUAAGAAGUAUGACGGGGGAGGUGGAGCUGUUCUGUGUGCCCUGUUAUAGCCAUGAUACAGCCCAUGAAGAGUGUUUGCUUUUCAAUGCUCGAGGCUCUAAAACACAGGGUGUCAAGAUGUUACCUGAGGAAAAUCUCAGAGAACCCGAAGAGACGAAAAUGAAAGAGGAAACCUUUUCAGUUGUCAUGAUUGGUGCAGCAAUAGCUUCUUUGAUUUUCCUCAUUGCGCUGCUGCUUUGGGUUUUCCUUUUGACUGCAAGGAGAUUCAAGCAGAUUCCUGAGCAUUGUUCCGAGCCUGAGGGACUGUUAUCUGCAGCACACCUUCAGAACAAACAUCAGUGCAGCCACAAAGAGAGAGCGGCAAUGCAACCAGACAUCCCUUCAGAGACCAUUUCAGCUGAUGAUACAACAAGAGGCCUUGGUUCACUGGGCCAUGAGAAUGAGAUGCACCCCACUUCUAUUGUGAUUAAUGUCACCACCAACUUCAAGCCCUGCAGUCAAAGUAAAGAUAACAUUACACAGGAGGAACAAAGUUUCUCCACAGAAGAGAUGGAGCAAAAACUACAAACAAUUUGGGAGAUCGCUCAAGGUCAGAGUAUUGAGAUGCUUGACUACGACUCCAUCCAGGACUUAUCCCUGCUGCUCGACUCUGCCGACAGCACCUACAUUUUAAGGAGACUCGGGCUGUCUUUGGGUGUCCCCCCUCAGGUCACUGCUCAUCUUCACAGCUUCCAAGACCUUUUUCAGUACCUACGCACAUCCACCUACACACAACUGCCACAGCUGGCCCAGGCUGCUGCUCUCUUGCCUAAUCUUGAAGUUGUUUCAAGGAUACAUAGAGCUGUUGUGAACAAGUGAUCUCUUCAACCCCCUGGGAUAUGUUCCCAUGGCUUGAACUUUUGUACAUAAUUUCUGACCUACUUUCACAUGAUAUCACUGUCACCAGACACUCAAUAAAUCUACUUACAGCUGGAACAGAGAUACAUCUUUUUUUAUGGAAACAAUUAGAUUUUAAAAAAAUUUGAUAAAGCACUUUAAACUGAGACAGCACAGUUUAAACAACGCCAAAGGUUCGACAUUUCCAACAAAAUUUUGACCAUUGUUACACUUGGUAUUGAAAGUUUAAUGUUUCAUGUUAAUGUUAAUAAAAUAGCUAUGUUUUGAUAAAUCAUGUCAUGAGGCAGUACAGUGAGAAAAGUAUAAACCUUUGUGUGCUUUGAGCAUUAUAUAAAAUCCAAGUCAUUGCAGCUGGACCCUACAUGUGAUGUUAUUUCCUGUUUACCAUGUAAAAUGGAUGGGAGACCCUGUGGCUAAAGCAUGUGAGAUAGACCAGGACAGAGGAUUGAGUGUUCAUGGUAAGAGAAAGAACCUAGA